AUGAACGGUAAGGGGAUGAGGAGGAAGAAAUCCUCACUGUCGGAGGUCAAGGUGGCUGUGAUUGGAGCACCGGGGGUUGGUAAAAGUGCUCUGUCAGUGAGAUUUUUAACAAGAAGAUACAUUGGAGAAUAUGAUCAUCAAUCAGAAACUCGAUAUAAACACGAGGUGUUGGUGGACAAUGAACCCGUUCUCUACGAAAUAUUAGACACGUGCCCAAAGACGUUCGAUUCAUUAUUUGAAACGAGUGGGAAGUUUAAUGGCGGAUUCGGACAUUCCCGUUUACAUUGUCGGCAACAAAAACGAUAUGGUACACCUGCGCGAAGUGAGCGCCGAAGAGGGCGCCAUCCUGGCGCGAAACUUCGAAUGCGGCUUCUCGGAGGUGGCGGCCGCCGAGAUGGUGGCGCCGGUGGCGGUCGUCUUUCAGGAAUUGUGCCGAUCGGCGUUGGCGGCGCGCCGGAAAUCGAAGCAUUCGCUGUUAGAGCGCAUGCUCGGCACGAGAACGUCGAAUCUGCGCCUGUACGCCCGAGGGAAGAGCGACAGCGCCCUGCCCAAGGACUGACAGUUGACGUACGGCGUGACGUAAGAGGGCGCCAUUUGUAUCUGCUCGCCUGCUUGAUUGUUUUGAACGAUUUUUUUUUUUUUUGUAUGGGUUCUGGACCGAUUCCUGGGGUGUGGAAUUAGUUGUGUGAUAUUGUUU